AAGAUAGUCUUUCGUGUGGCGCGCCGGAAUGUCAUUUCAUAGGUCACUGGUGUCUGUCAUAAUAACACGUCCACUCGCGGACGUUUCAUUGUGAUUUAAGUGGUGCGUAAUUAUCAGAUAUGGAUUUACGGAGCGGCUUCACGGAUAAAUGGCUAUAUUCGAAAAAGAAGUAAUAAAAAAAGUGACUCUCGAUGACACCGAGCCGAUAACAUGCGUUAUUGAGAACUGGCGCGACACUAAAGGGUACACUGAGUUUAUCAUCCGUGUGCAUCGGGGCCCCUUCACCAACCACACGUGGCAGAUCGUCAAGCGCUACAAUGAUUUCGUCAAACUGCAUGCUGGCCUGCAGGAGUCAGGGAUUCAACUGUGUCUGCCACCUAAGAGAAUCAUUGGUAACAGGGCUCCAGAAUUUAUUGCAGAAAGACAACAAGGUUUGCAGAAAUAUUUAAACUUCAUACUCAUGAAUCCCAUAUUGGUGUCAUCAUUACCAGCCAGGUCAUUUGUUGAUCCUGCUAACUAUUGCCAGCCAUUCAGUGAACAAGCAUUGCAGCAUGUAUCAUUGGCACUGAGAGGUGAAAUUGGUUGGGAAAUAGUCGGUCCAUUGCCGGACAUCGGCUGGCGACUACGCAAGCAUUUUUAUCAUGUAAAGAGCAAAAAUUUAGUCAAAGAUGAACUGUGGGCUAAUUGGGUGGACUAUGGGCCUGAUAAGUAUUUGGAUGACAAGGAAAUGCUUGCCAUAAUUAAGAGUCUUAAUCAAAUUCAGCAUCCUUUCAUUCAACCAAUUGUAUUAUCCCUCUGCACGGACGUGGGCGGAUUAUUUGUCCGCGCUUGCAACAAAACCGGCUCGAUUCGUGAUCUUCUAUGUGGUGCCAAAGCAAAACUGUCAUUUAUGAAGAAGUAUGGUAACCCGAAGGGGCAUAAACCUUUGGAUAUUAAGCAAGUGGCUUUAUACGGUCGACAAAUUUUGGAGGCUUUAAAGUUUUUACACGACAAAGGGCUACCAUAUGGACAUUUGCACACUGGAAACGUUGUGAUAGAUAACGAACGCGUUAAACUACUGGACAUUGAAAAUGGAAUUUUGGGCGUGCCGAGUUUUUAUCGACCUUAUUUCAUGCAGCACAAGAAAAUCAACACGCUCGAAGCUAUCGACGUGUACUGCUUUGGGCACACCAUCUAUGAGAUGGCUUUCGGUGCGCCGCUGCACGAGAGUAUCAUAGAUGCGUUGCCUCAAGAUGCACCACCAGAACUGAAAUCAGUCCUUGAUUCAAUUUUAUCAGCAGAAGGUUGCAAAGUGGGCUUGCCUUCAAUUGAAUCUCUACUGAAACACCAAUUCUUUUCGAGCGUUGUGUUGACGCUGGAGAGUACUGACAAAGCUUUACUCAAAAUCCCCAACUCGGCAAAAGAGCACCUCAAGACAAUCUGCCGUCAGUUGGAGGAUCGCCUCAAGGAGGAACAAAAGAUCAUGCGUAGUCAAAAACGGCUCACACGCGUUCAGGAAAUGAUGAGUUCUGAAGAGGAAAAGAAGAAACAGAGGCAGAAAAUUCGUCAGGAGCAAAAACAGCAAGCCAGAAUCAGACAAAAGACAUUUGAAGAAAAAGAGGAGAAGCCAAAGGUGAGCGAACGCUCCGAGAGUGCCACCAGCUCCAGCACGGCGAACUCCAUGGACACGCCAACGCCACCGACGCUCAGCGGCCCCCCACCGCCACCUCCGCCGCCAAUUCCAGUAGAACCAUUGUCGCCCAACAACCACCUUGGCGCUGCCCCCGACGCCUCCCGGGAGCGCUCCGCCCUACUCGGAUCCAUUUGUAGCUUUAACAAGGGUGCGCUGCGUAAGACCAAAGAACACAACGUACACAACUAGUUCCACAACCCCUACACACCCAUCCACUGUAACUCUCUCAUACAUGUAACUGGACUAAACUUUGAACGUAAAUGUUUAAUCGGCAUGAACAUUGGUAGCAUAUCUACACAUACACACCAUACAGACCUUUUUCUACAGUCGAUUUGUAUCAGAUUCGUGUUUACUCUUUACUUACGGUUACCAGAUAUCUUCAUUCCAUUCAUGAUGUGCGAUAGUGAUAUUGGCAAUGUCGAGAGUGUCGUAACCUAUUUGCAUAUUGUAUUUGUGCGUCUAGCUCCAGAAUAUUUGGUGUUAUUUUAACGUUCGAUUCUAAUCAGUAAUGCGUGUUUAACUACAUUUUUCGUCUAUAGUUAUCGUGGGUCCAGUAAUAUCGUACCAUUCAUCACACGUGUAACAUAAUUGCUAUUCGGUUCUUCAAAUAAGAUGCGAGUAUGAAUUGAUAUUAUUGAUAAAUCAUAUAGAUGGUAUAUAUAUUUAUGUUGUAUGAUAUGUGAGGACAUUAUGUGAACCUUCAGUCAAGUCAUGUAAAGAAUAAAUUCUAAUUGACCUUCCAUUACAUUAGAAA